UGACAGUGGUGUCGGUAGGAACCGGUCUUUCGUUCGUGUUUUUGUUCACUUUUUGUAUAUUUAUACCCACUCGUUCGUGUGCGUGGUGUCUAUUUCGGAACAAUUAUCUUGCCGUAGGCAUACCUGUUGCAUACGUGUAUAAGAGACGAUACACGAGUGUCCUAAACGUCAUAGAAACGUGUUCACUGAAUUGUCAUCUAAAUACUGCUUUGAAACAUGUCUCUUGUUGCCUUGGGCCGUUCAGCCUUGAAUAGAGCGGUGAAGCAGCCAGCUAUUCUCGCACCGUUGGUUCAAAGCCGCCUCGGGUCUUCCGCUGCCGUUACCAAUAAGUGGUUCGAGGAUCACAAAGCAGAUGUGCCUCCACGACACACGCCGGUGAUCUCCCGGGAUUACAGUCGUUUCGUCGGUAUGACCGGUGGUCAGAUUUUCCAUGAAAUGAUGCUGGAGCACAAAGUAGACACAGUUUUUGGCUACCCAGGCGGUGCGAUCUUGCCAGUGUUCGACGCCAUCCAUGCGAGUCCACACUUCAAAUUCUACCUCCCCCGUCACGAACAAGGCGGCGGUCAUAUGGCCGAGGGUUAUGCUCGUGUGACUGGUAAGCCAGGCGUGGUCCUCGUAACCUCCGGGCCAGGAGCCACAAACACAGUGACUCCACUACAAGACGCACUCAUGGACGGUGUUCCACUUGUCGUCUUCAGUGGACAGGUGCCAACUCACCUCAUGGGCAGUGAUGCGUUCCAAGAGGCAGAUACUCUGGGCAUCACGCGAAGCUGUACCAAGUGGAAUGUGCUGGUGAAGGAUAUUCGUGACCUGCCCCGCCGCAUUGACGAGGCCUUUGAAAUUGCUAUGAGUGGCAGGCCAGGACCUGUGCUGGUUGAUUUGCCCAAGGACGUUACGGCCGGUGUGUGCAAGGCCCAACCCUUCCCUCGACACGAGCUGCCCUUCCGUGCCUUUCAACGUCCCGAAGCUGGAUUCGCAAUGACUGCUGAUAAAUGGGAAAACGUCGCCAAAAUGAUUAAUAACGCUGAGAGGCCUCUAAUCUACGCUGGACAAGGUAUAAUAUCCUCCGAUGCCAGCAAGGAGCUUGCCAUGCUGGCUGAGCUAGGAAACAUUCCCGUGACCACCACGCUGCAAGGCAUGGGUGGCUUCGAUGAGCUUGACUCUAAGUCUGUCCAUAUGCUUGGUAUGCACGGAUCUGCGUACGCCAACUACACUAUCCAAGACAGUGACUGCAUCAUCGCACUCGGCGCCCGUUUCGAUGACCGUGUCACCGGAAAUCUGCAGAAGUUUGCCCCCGCCGCGUUCAAGGCCGAGCGUGACGGUAAGGGUGGUAUCAUCCACUUUGAGAUUUCAAGGAAGAACGUGAACAAGGUGUUGAACUGCACAGAGGUGGUUAUGGGAGAUGUGAAGGUGAACCUGAAGAAGUUGUUGCCCAUGAUUAAGAGGUCGGAGCGUGCGCCAUGGUUCGCUAAGAUAGCCCAGUGGAAGAAAGAUUUCCCCUUCAACUAUAGCAAGACUCCCGGUCCUUCUGGUGCUCUGAGGCCCCAGAAAGUUAUUGAUGAGCUGAAUACAAUUGUUCAGAAGAUUGACAAUCCUACAUACUUUACCACUGGUGUGGGUCAACAUCAAAUGUGGGCUGCGCAAUACAUUCGAUGGAGAUAUCCCAGGACCUUCAUCACCAGUGGAGGCCUAGGAACCAUGGGCUUCGGUCUACCAGCGGCUAUUGGCGCCAAGACUGCUCUGCCAAAUAACAUCGUCAUUGACAUCGAUGGCGAUGCAAGUUUCUCAAUGACGAGCAUGGAAUUGAUGACUGCGGCCGAGUAUGGAAUUGGGGUCAAGGUUUUGCUUCUCAACAACAACUUUCAAGGGAUGGUGAAGCAGUGGCAAGACCUGUUUUACGACGAGAGGUAUUCGGGAACCAAAAUGUUCAACCCCAACUUUGCCAAACUUGCGGAGGCGUCAGGAGUAAGGGGGAUGACCCUAGAUUCGUCGAUGAAUGUUCAGGAGGUUCUUCAGGAGUUUAUUGACCACGAAGGCCCUGUUGUGCUGGACUGUAUCAUUGAGAAAGACGAGCAUGUCUACCCUAUGGUACCAGCAGGCGCAGGAUUGCACGAGAUGACUCUAAGAGCAAAGUGAGGAUGCUGGCCGGCUGACUACAACAUGUAUACUGAGUGUACGCAGUUGCAUAGGGCGAACGACGGUUCGGUUUGCUGAGAGCGCGUUACUAGACGAAGCUAAAAGUGUUUUAUCUUCGGGAUGCGACAGAAUCGUCGCGGCUAAUAAUCUGCAGAUUUUUUAGACUGAUCAGAACGUCCGUAAUCUUUUUCUGUACCUGCGAGUAAUUAGUUCAACUCGGGCUCCAUUGAAUUUCCGUUCUUUCAAUUCGCAUGAGAGACUUUUUAUAUCGGAACGCCGCUGGUAUGAGAAACUGGGUAUACAGGGAGUUAUAAUGUUUAUAAGUGGGAUCUACUCGCGCAAUAAUUAGUGUAUAUAAAAUAUUGGUGGUGUCUGAGCAUCACAACCGACUAAUAA